CUGCGUCCGAAAUCGCAUACUUCCAUACUAAACAGUACGCAAAAGCAGUAUGCGAGAUGGGGUAGUGUGUCCGAAUGCGCAGUAUGCGAGUUUAGGUACGCAAAAAGUUCCCGGAUGACGUACUGCACUGGGACAGAUUUUGAAGUAUGCAAGCCCUGCACACUUCACCCGCUCAUAUUUCCCAGAGUUCCAAGGGGGGCGGCGGAAGCGAAGCAGAGGUUGAAGAUGGCGGACAGCGGUGACGCGGGUCUUUACAAGUGGAGUGAUGAGGACACCAGGGAGCUGAUCCGGUGGAGGGUGGCGAAUGAGGCCCUCUUCACCGGAAAAAGAAAUGCAGCAGUUCGAGGAUUUGAAGCCUUCGUGUUGGAGAAAAAAUUUAAAGGGAAGGUGACCCCUGUCUUCGUAAAGAAGAAAUGGGAGAACCUAAAACAAAAGUACAAGGAACUCAGGUGCCCCCCUACUGGGGUGAGUACUGAGGGUGGUGAAUUAACAGCAGCAUCCUGGAAAUGGUAUACCGCCAUGGAUGAGGCAAUAGGUGGGAGGCCAUCAAUUAGCCCACCCACCCUUAUUGCCUCAUCUGGCCAGGGUGCUGCUGAAGCUUCAACACCCUCUUGUAGGCCAGGAGACAGCCAGACCCCAGGCAGGAAAAGGCAGAGGGAGACCGACCUCAUAGUUUUUUUAAAGGAGAUGGAAGAGAGGGAAAAUGAGAGAGAGCGAGAGGCAGCAGAGAGAGAGGAGAGGCGAUGGCAAGAGGCUGAGGAGAGAGAGGAAAGAAGAGAGAGGGAAAGAAUUGAGCGUGAGGAAAGGCGAGAGCAAGAGACGAGAGAGAGAGGAAAGGAGAGAUCGAGAGGCCAGAGAGAGAGAGAGGAAAGGAGAGAGACAGAAGCGAGAAUAAGGGAAGAAAGGAGAGAUAGAGAGGAGAGAGAGAGGGAAGAAAGAUUCUUGCAAAUAUUGGGGAUUCUUGUUAAAAAAUAAACAUUUAAAAAUCAGUUUGCACGUCCAGUGGUAUUAUUGUGUCUUGAGAAACGGCAGUUUAUAUUUGCAUAUUAUAGAAGAAUGUUAGUAUUCUAACUGUGAAGAAGGACAUUUAAAGUUUACUCACCCCAGUCUAUAAUUGACAAUGUAGUAUUUAUUCCAAACAAGCAAGACAUUUUCAGGGACUAGGAAUUUACAACUCUAUUAAGUGAAUUUAAGUGUUUUAUCUUUAGAAAUAUCUUUCUUUUAACUCUUAGUUAAAUUAAAAGUAGCAAUUUAAGUUUAUGGUUACUGUAAGGCAGGGGUGCCCAAUCUUUUCCACAAUGGGCCGGUGUAACUGCAGGUGUGUUAUCCGUAACUGUGACACCAUUAUGAGCUAAACUUAGUUUCUUUAAAAAAUAAUAAUAAUAAUAAUAAUGACAAGUUCACCUAACUCAAGCAGUUUGAUUCAGUACCUUUUGGUUGUUUACUGCCCCAAAGAUGGCUCCAAUCUGCUGCAGAGAAUAAGGGAGGAAAGUUCUGAGGAAACAGGGCAGCAUUUAAAUGCUCUUGGUAGUGCAGGUAUGUAUGCAUAUGUA